UCAAUGAUUCACUGUGGUGAGACAAGAGAGGAUAUCGACGCUGCGGCCAUGAAUUACAUGAGAAAUUUCUGAGCUCUUGAAUGAACAUGCGCACCUCAGGUCCGGGAAUAGCGUUCUACAUCCUCAUUCUUUCCUCCACUCCGCAUCUAAUCUCCGGUAUAAAUGUUUCCUGGAGGCAACCAGCAACUCCCGAUCACAGUCGUGUUGCGGCUGCCAGGCGCGUCAGGGAUGUAAACAGACCCGCACCUAUCAACUGCAGACUGGGGAGCUGGUCGCCUUGGACCGCAUGUGAUUCAUGCACCGACAAGAAGUUUCGUUUCAGACACAUGGAGAGGCCAUCACAGUUUGGUGGGUCGGUGUGUUAUGAGACCCUGUGGGAGACACUGGGGUGUCCUGCUGCUACCACACAGUGCCUGGUGCCGGACUACUGCGGCCAGAGCUUCACCUGCAGAGAAACAGGACGAUGCAUCAGCAAGACUCUUCGCUGUAAUGGAGAGCCCGACUGUGACGACUUCUCUGAUGAAGACAACUGUGAGAGCUUCAACCAGAGGCGAGACAAGUGCUCCAGUCUGCUGAGCAUCCCAGGAGCAGAACAGGGGACUCAGGGCUACAACGCUCUGACGGGGGAGUUUGUGGACCGAGUGAUUGACCCCCUGUAUUUCGGGGGACGUUGCGAGUACGUCUACAAUGGUGAAUGGAGGAAGUUUGUCUAUGACGCCUUCUGUGAGAACCUGCACUACAACGAAGACGAGAAGAACUACAGGAAACCGUACAACUACCAUUCCUACCGUUUUGUGGCUGAAGCUUCGUCUGAAGGCUCACAGGAAUACUUCCAGGACAUGGUGAGCUUGCUGAAAGCUCGGAAGACCAUGAGGUCAUCAAAUAUCGGGGUCUCAUUUGGAAUCUAUUAUGUGCAAGUGGGACUGAGUAUGAGCAAGGAGAUGGAGUUUCUGAGAAACGUCUCGCAGUAUAGAAGCCAGGAACUUGGGUUCAUCCGGCUUCUAUCCAAAGUCCACACGGCUCACUUCAAGAUCCGAAGCGAUCAGUUGAUGCUUCAUGAGGAUUUCUACAUGUCUCUGAUGGAGCUGCCGGAGCAGUACGAUUUCGGGAUGUACUCCAACUUCUUGAACACCUUCGGCACGCACUACGUCACGGAGGGAAUAAUGGGCGGCGCUCUGGAAUACGUCGUGGUGGUCAACAAAACCUCCCUGGCAGAGUCAAAAAUUGAGAUGAAGCUGGCUGGUCGAUGUCUCGGCGCUUCCCUCGGUCUGAGUUACUCUUCAGGCAACUACGAACGUUUGGAGCUCUCAGUGGGAGGCAAAGUCUGCAAGACGAGUGGCACCAACACGGAAGCGGAUGACUCCGGCUCCGCUGAGAUCCAGGACAUCAUCACUUUAGUGAAAGGAGGAAACUUGGUGAGUAGUGGUGGACUUCUGGCCAUCAGGAACGUUGAAACCUACAGGAAAUGGGGGGCAUCGAUCAAAUACAACCCAGCGCUGGUGGAAUAUGAGACGUUGCCAAUUUAUGAGCUUGUGCGACGGAGCACAGCCGCUGAUCACGUUGGGGCCCGACUGAGCAACCUAGAGCGAGCCUGGGAGGAAUACAUGGGGCACUUUCACCCUUGUCGCUGCGCUCCCUGCCGGCACAACGGCAUCCCCGUGCUCACUGGAACGUCCUGCAGCUGUAUUUGCCAACCUGGCUACAUGGGCCACGCCUGUGAGGAGACUCGAAGAUCAGACACCAGAACUGAUGGGUCGUGGUCUUGCUGGGGCGCUUGGUCCACUUGUGCAUCAGGGAAGAAACGUCGCAGCAGAAACUGCAACAACCCUGCACCUGACGGGGGCGGGGCUAACUGUUUAGGCUCCUCCUCCCAGACCAAAGGGUGUUAAAUGGAUGCGAGAGUGAAGCUUGCUCUGCAAACUUUCUCAGCCUGCUGAUGCUUCACAUAGAAAUUUUCCAGAGGCAUUUCUCAAUAUACUUGACAAGAAUUUAAAGGAAUUUCCUUGCCAUUUAAUUUUGUCUUUUUUAAAAAUUAUGCAGCAAGAAUUUGUUCACGCUCUUUUAUUUUCUUAAUGAGUCA